UUCUUCGUGGCGACCAAAGCAACGAUGGCGAUUGUGGACAAGGUGAAGCAAUUGUGGGGAUCACAGCAGUCGUCAGCAUUCAAGUUGGCUGCAUGGGCCCUAGCUGGAGGUAUCGCCCUUGUUGCGUACGAGUACUCCAAGCCAAAGCAGGACGAAUUCGACGAUGCAGAGUCGUGGAACAAGAAGAUUCUCGACAAAAACAAGAAGUGAGGCACAACAACGUAGGAGUGUGAGGUGGUUUGGGUGGAGACGAGAUGCAUGCUCGUGACUGACGUAAAUACAACCCUGCACAAUGUGUUCGACCGG